CUCCACGCCCUUCUUCAAACUCAGGAAACCUUGUUACCUUGAGUCUGUGUUAUAAUGCCUCUUCGUGUCAGUAGGUGUUUCUUUAUAGUAUCUCUUUUGUCUGGGAGUGAAGGUUUGACUGUCAGUCUUGUCAGAGAGGUGUCUCGUGGCUAUGACUCCAGAAAGGAAGGCUUAACCAAAGAAAGUGAUUAUGUUGCUGUUAUAAAUCACUCAAAGAAGUUUCCUGCUAAUCGAUGGUUGCUGUGUGGAGAUCAGUCAUCUACUCCUGUUACACCUGUUACAUCAUCAAAGUCACAUGUUAGUCACAUGACAUGGGAUUCUUUGCAAGAUACUAUCGUCGAAUCACUUAAUGAACACAAAAUAGAAAUGGAUGAAACAGCUCUAGCUGGUGAGAUCCAUGACUUAUUGGAUAAUGUUCCGUGGGAAUUAGAAGACUAUAUUUUAUUUGAUGUAAUAGUUAUUGUUCCUGAAUUAUUGAGUCCAACUGUCUCUUUGUUUGGUGCAUUGUGGAGACUGAAGAAGUGGCAUAACAGUUCACUUUAUUUUCUUACUAAUGAUAGUAACAGCUAUAGCUCAAUAUGGAUUGAAUGGUCAGAGUGUUUGCAAGCUGAGGUAGGAUCAUUAUCAACUCUAACACAAAAUACGUUAACAGUGCCAAUCAUUUGGAGAGGCUCAUUAUAUAUUCAAAAAAGAAGGAGAGACUCCCCUAAUCUUCCUCAUGCACAUGUAAUGGAAUUAUCUGAUUUUAAACUGCUUUUAAGACAAUCCGUCGCUUCAGUUGGUGGAAAUGAUGAUUUAUGUAUAAGUGCCUCGGCUCAUCCUUCACAUUUAGAACUAGUUCAAUUGAUUGAUAUUAAUCAAGUCCCCCUGCUGUUUCUAUCUGGUGUUCAGCUCCAAUUAUACAUUGGAUCGUCUAGUUUCCCAGUGUUUCAUCAGUUAUUCCAGUUAAGUAAUAGUCAGCCCAAUGCUAGGAGCACUACUGGUGUCUUACUGAGGUUAUGCUAUAAAGAACCAACUAAAGUGAUAGGACAGUCUCAAAAGAAGACGAGUGAAUGGAAGAACUUUGUAUUAGAGCAGGAAAAAUUAGCUGAUUCAAGUCCAUUAGUAUCUGGAAUAUCAGUUGGUCCACUAUUAUUGGUACCUCCUCAGCACUCCUCCUCUUAUACUGAUGAUACACAUUAUGAUGCUUGGCUACUGAAUCAACCUCAAUCACUUGCUUGUACUUCUUUUAGCGAUUUGUUGCAAGAUCUUCAAACAUAUUCAUGUAGUUCAAAUGAUUGCAAUGACUUCGUAUUAAAAGAUCUGCCCCUUUUAAAUUCUUCGCAGAAUUUAUUGCAUUCUUCUUCCUUUGCUGAUGAUCAUUUUGAUGUCAAUUGCAAUACUGAGUCUGAUCUUUCGUGUACAUAUUCAUGCCCUGAACUAGCUGCUAUCACUCUACUGGAGGAUCAGCUAAAGAAAAAGAUCAAGCGUACCAAUACUUGUGAUCUAACAUUAGGAGGUGUGGUGGCCCCUCCUCCUCCAAGUGGUUCAUUCUCUGCUCCUCUUGUUAGUGAUAUUAUUGACUGUUUUGAUCAUAAUGGAGAACCUCUUGCAACAUCUGACCUUGUACCAGUCGCUAUGGAGGAUAACAAUGGAUUAUCUAUCCAUAUGAUCGACCCUGAAACAGCAUCAUCUGUCAGUUAUAAGAAAAUAUUAAGCAGUACACCAACUAGAGCACGUAAAUAUCAUGGUGUAAAUUAUUGUCUUUCUGAAGAAGAUAAACUAAAAGAGGCAAAGCUUUUGAAGGUGCAGGAGCGAUACAUUCCAAGGGAACGAUCCUGUCAUUGUUCAACUGCUGAAACUCCUUCUAAAGAAUUAAAGAAGAUACAGCAAAGAAGACUGUUGAUGAGUAGUGCUAAAGAUAAUAAUAUAGAGGACGAGAAACUUGAUGUCAAAACUUGUGAAAAAGAAUUAGAACCUGCUAUAAAUGAAGAAUCAUCAACAACUGAAGUGUUGAAGAAUGACACCACUGCUGAUGACAAUGAGCUGAUAGUACCUGUACCCCAAAGUAGUGAAGAAGUAACUGAUGCAACUAUUGCCGAGUCAAAUGAAGACUGUAAGUCAAAAGAAAAAAAGAAAAGAAAAAAAUAUAUGGAAACGUGCAUUGUGUCAUCACUUAAAGCUUGCAACAUGAAUAGAUCUCAUUCUCGUUUCAAAGCUUGCUACCAGAAAUGCUUCAAAAUUAGUAAAUUGUACAUUAAGGAUCUCAGUGCAUCAUCUGAUGUAAGAAAACAAAUCAAGAAAAUUGUAGAAAAUACAGUUCAUCAGGUUGUUCAAUUUGAACUAGAGCAAGCUAACAGAUCUUUAUAACUAAUAAUAUUAUUAUCAGUUUUAAAAUAUCAAUAUUAAAUUUUUUAUUACUUCAUUAAAAAUUGAUAACAUA